UGUGCAGCGCAGAUCGUUGUAGAUCGCGAUCGCGAUAAUAUCGGCUCAGAUCAUAAUCAGGGAUAGGAGUCGUAAAAAUUGGCCUGCAUAUCUGUGCAUAGACAUUGAUAAUGAUAGAGCCAAGAGAUCUACUACCCACCGUGUACCGCCUCACCGACUUGAAUUCGCACGCAUGCUGAAAACGACGUGAUCUUCUAUUUUUUCGUUUUCCCCGCGAAACCAAUCAAUGCAAUGCAACAUGUGACUUCAAAUUCAAAACCGAACUCAAAAUUAUUGUGUAAAGACAUACGUUGCAGUUUACUUUCUGUUCCUUUGAUAAUCACAGCAGCUGCAGGAGCACCCUUGCCUUUUAGUCUGCCUACUGCUUGCAAGGAACUUUCAUACAGGAGGGGAUCGCGUCAUAACAUGCUGUGGAUGGCAGACCAAAGAAGUGUGUUGAGCGUCAGUUAUUUUUUGCCUGCUCGACAUCGAGAUGGAGGCCAAGGCAAAACCAAAGCAACGGUCUAAAACCAGCAUUCUUAGGGACCUCAACAAACAAGUGUCCCUUCGAGCUGCUGCCGCUAGAAAGCUUCAAGAACAAACCUUGUUAUCUUCUGUUGAACAAGUGUCCGGUACGAAUAGCAUCAAGCAAGGGCAAAGCUCACGAAUUCCACGACCAGUUCGGUUAGGACCAUCGGUAUCGGCCACUCGUGAACCCACAGGCACAUCAAUACGAAACUCCCGACAAGAUCAGCUAUGGAGGAAGUAUGGGCAGAGGUGGCUGAAACGUGUCUUCGGGCGUGUGUCACCGGCUCAUGCAAGGUAUUUCUAUCGUCGACAACUGUUGAAACGUAGCAUUGAACACCGGAAGGAUGUGUGGUGGGAGAGUCGCAGAGAGUGGCGAUUGAUCGUGCGCGCCGAAUGCCACAACAGGUAUCGUCUCUGGCGGUCUGUGUGGCUUGCAUGGAGAGAGUAUGUUGCCUUACAGCGAGCGGAACAAUCCCGACUGGAACUAGCCACAGAACACGCCAAUGCUAGUUUGAUGAAGAUGUGUUGGAAAGGUUGGAGGCAAUUUGCAGCUAUUCGAAACACAAAGAAGUCCAUUCACCAGUUUUGCACUGCCCAAGCUGACAGAGCCAGCCUGUCUCGUUCCUUUCUCGCUUGGCGUACGGCGUAUCAGCGGCGUCUCUCUCACAAACACGUUCAAGAUCAAGCUGGUAUUCACCACGGAAUGGUUCUGAAGCGACGGGGCUGGACACGAUGGCUGCAUACUCACGAUGCUCUGCAGAAGUGCCGAGGGAAGGCACUGGUGGUUAGCAACCAUCAUGUCACGGUGCUAGUCGCUGCUACCUUGUCUGCAUGGCAGCAGUAUGUCUUGCAUCGUCGCCAGCGGCAAGAGGAGAAAGUGUUUGCAAUGACAGUGUGGAGAAAUCAGGUUGUGAGCCGAGCAUUGAAUACCUGGUUCCUUGCGUGGCGUCAGAGACAGGUGGUGGCGGAGCACGAAGAGCAAAUUUGCGCGCUGGGAGAGCGAGCCAUCAAGCGUCGGUGGUUUCUUCAAUGGCAGUAUGCUGUGGCUUACAGGGAGCACAAGCGGCAGCUGGUUGACCGUGCCACCGAUGUCUUCCUGGUGACGCUGAAGAGGACUGCUCUUAAUCAUUGGGUAUACUACUAUCGCAGACAAGAGGCGCAGAGAGCAGCGAUUGACAAGGCCACUGCUUUUUCCAACAGACAGAUGUUACACCGAUUUUGGCUGAAGUGGUUGUGUCGAUGUGAGUCAGAGGAGGAGACACGUCUGGUAGCGGCUACACAUCGAGCACGCACUCAUCGCAGCAAGGUCAUGCUGCGGCGUUGUUUCCGCCAGCUAUCAGACUAUGCAGUGUACCGGCGCCGGCGUAAGGCUGCGUAUGCCACUGCCGACAGCCACUUUGCCAAGAGAGUACUGCCAAAGUAUUUUCACCAGUUUCAAAUCUAUGUGCAUAUCCAGAAGCAGCAGGCACACAGAUUACUCCAGGCUGAAGACUUUCGCCGGGAAAACCUCCUUGCUUGCUUCUUCUACCUGUGGGUGUCAAGAGCUGAGCAGGUGUCUGAAUGCCAACACACAGACCAUCAAGCUGCUGAGCACCAUUCAUCUGUUCUGUGUGUCAAGUACUUUGGUGUAUGGCGAGAUCGCUAUUGCAAGGCUCGGCAGCUUCUUGUUCUUCAUGAGCGUGCAGUUGAUGAAGAUGAGCAGCGACUGUGUAUGUGGGUGCUGAGCACAUGGAGACACGCUCUGGCUGAGCGUAAUCACAUCCAAGAAUGUACCCAGAAGGCCGACAUGCACCACCGAAGGUCUACCCUCUCCCGCCCAUUCCAGCUUUGGAGACAGUUUAUUGCCACAAAGCGAGGUUCGUACAACCGGCGUCAGCAUGCCUUUCAGUGCUGGUCACUGAGGAAGCAGAGGAAAGCUUUUGAGGCGUGGAAGACAUUGUUCCAGGCGCGGGAUGCUGCAAAUCAACUUGCUCUAGCGUACCGACAGGAGAGAAGCCAGAAGCUGUUACGGAACAUUGUGCAGCUCUGGCAUUACUGGUCUCGUCACAAACACAACUGCCAUCGAAUGCUGAACAUUGGUGACAAUCAUCACACCUCGCAGCUUAUAGCAAAGGUGUUUGUACAUUGGCGGAAUGAAACACAGCUGGCUACCAACGCACGUCUAGUUGCCCAUCACCGAGCAGAAGAAGCCGCUGAGCUCUUGAAGAAAGGCUGCCAGACGCGGGUCUUGCGAGCAUGGCAUGUGUUGGUGCGAUACAGGCAACGGGAACGCUGGAAGCAUCGCCUCGCCAAAGACAUGUACUGCCAUGUACUGCUGAGGAAGUCUCUAUCAGCAUGGAGACUGUUCACUAAGGAGCAGCUCAGCAGAAAGCUGAGCUAUCAGCAGGCUCUACUGCACUACGCCAGCACACUACAACAACGGUCUUUUAACAGCUGGAGACAUCAGGUCGUUGUACAUGAUCUGGAGAGACAGAAAACAGUGCAAGCGCUUUUCUUUUGGAGCUGUUGUUUGCGGCUUAAAGUUCUGCAUGCCUGGCGUGGCUAUGUGUUGCACCGGCGUGAGCGACGACGGCGCUAUCAGCAAGCGCUGGUCCAACACCAGAACCACUUGCUCACCGUUGGCCUUGUGCAGUGGGUUGCUGUCGGUGAUGAUCUGGCAAGACGACGCCAGGAGCAUGUAACUGCAAAACACUCAAAGACGGCCGUGCUGACGCUGAAGUGUGUGUGGCGCUGCGCACUGCACUGGCGUCAGUGGACCAGGCGACGUAUUCAAGAACGCUGCAACACAUCACAGCCUCCAUCAGUCGCCAGAGGCUUAAAUCGCAAUCCGCUGGUUAGGCCACACCGAGUGCGAUUUAACACCGCACCUUCUCCUCCUCCGCACAGGCACUUGGCGAACAUUGACGUUUGCCGAGCUCUUCACUUGGACCAGGAUGAACGCAAGGCAAUAGAUCAACACACUGCCCAGCCUCACGCUGUGGUUGCCGGCCUCACCACACAUCCUAGCAUGCCCAGUGGUCGAUCAGCCGUUGAAAUCUUCAAGCAGUUGGUUGAGAGGCGCAGUUCAGGCAGUGGUCUGCGAACAGUGCCACGCCAAGCUGUGCUCGCCAGUACGAGAAUGCCUGGUGUUUCCGCUGCUGCAAAUAGUGAGAAGGGUGAUGAGUCUGUACAGACCAAAUCCACCACCAGCAGGGUGACGAGUCACUCUGUUAUGCUGAGCACUGCGGCGAGUCCUGCAAUAGAGCAGGAGCUGUUAUUACUUCGGCCACUCGCACGUCAUGACGAUCUAGCUCAGCCAUCUAACGUCGUUGCUAAAGAUAUGCCAGGCCCAGCCGCCUCGAGUGUGCACACUGUGCAUGCGUUGCGUGACCCAAGACCAAGCCAUGUAGCCUGCCCUGGUGCAAGGUCUAUUCCUGCCAGUUCACUCUAUCUGCCACCUCCAAGUGCAUUCGUUCUGGAUACGACUGCAGCACUGCCAGUCUCGAGUCCAGCUGCUCAUGUCAGUGUGCAGACAAGCACCAGGCUAACGCCAGCUGUGAUUGACUGCAUCACAGUCACACCAAGUACUACUGGUGCCAGCUCAGCGCUCCUUCCACCUUCAGCAUUCACUUAGCCUGCAGAGGAAUGAUUACUUGAGGUAAUCAGGAACUGCUGUUAGCCUGUACUUGUACGUGCGUGUUCCCAUGCUACUACAGUUGUGGUAAGUGUCAUUCAGACGUGUGCCUACUUUCAGAGCCGGAGGCAAACUUGACAACCUCUGAUCAACCUGUGCUACUGUGGCGAGAGCGCUCAGGACAUGCAGGCCGAGUGGCCGUUGUUGCGCUGUAAGUGUCCAUUGGUCCAUUGCGGAAUUGACUUACCGCAGCUGGUACUAACAGUGCCAGCACAGUAAAAACAGUGCAUACAAUCCCUACAUUGUUAGGUUUGUGCUAUUAUCUCCAAUAGCCAGCUUUGUGUCAAGAUCCACACUAACCAGAGCGUACUGUCAUUCACAGGCUGUGAACAUAGAUUAUUUAUCUUGAAUAUUAUUUGAAGCCUUGAAUCCCUAUUGCUCCGUAUUUAUCAGUUGUCCACAGAUCUAUUCAGCUCCCAUAAUUAUUCCAACGAUUAACAAACAGCCGAGUCUACCCAUAAUCGUAAUAUUAUUCUCUUGGUUUCCACCAUGGACUACUUCGAAUUCACGUUGAGUUUUUUCCCUCUCUUUAAGUCGACCGCUACAUGCACAGUAGAGUCGCCCACCAAGGAACAUGGAGCCCAAGACCGUCCAGGCUGAAAUUCUAAGAUCAAGAAUGUCGAUGUUCGUGUUCUGGCAGCUUCUGUACCGUGCUACGGUAUGUAUGUAACGUUAGUAGUGUGUGCAUACG